CUUGCUCCUUUCCCGCAUCAUAGUCAACGUUGAGAAAUUGAAUGAAGCGAUCAUGAUGCUCAACAAGAAUUUGCAAGAGAUCAACAUCCAGAACAUGGACGUGGAGCUUGUGGCACAGAUGUUCAAGAACUAUCAGUCCAACGUGUUAUUCCACCUAGAGGGUAAGAUACUGGAUGAAAAUACAAACAAGCAAUCCUUGAAUUUAAGCUCUAACAUGUUACAGCUACGAACACACUGAAGGAUCCAUCAUGAAAAGGAUAAUGUGGAUUGACUGCUGAGAUAGUAGCAAUCGAGACGAC